AGAACUGAAAUUAAUACCAGAAGGCUUUUUUAAUAUCCCCGUAGCGCUAGAUAUCUGAAUACCUAUCCACUGAUAAUUGACAAAAUGUACAUUGUGAUCUGGUAUCUACUUGUCCUCCAUUCUCUGGGACAGGUAAAAUCGAACCUGACAUCCACCUUGCCUGAACGUGACUCUACCAAUUUAACGAAUACUGAGAAGCCGGGAAUCACAAAUGCAUUUUUCAUUGACUGGCUACUCACUGGCUGUUGGAGCGAUCAAUUAAAGAAGUGUCCUUAUCCUCAAAGAGGUCCUGUCGAAUAUCCUGGAUACGAUGGAUGGAACAAUAACGUGGGUCGUCCUGAACUAGGAGCGGUUGACACUCCUUUGCUCCGAAGGUGGCCUGCUGCUUACGAAGAUGGAGUUUACAAACCUGCAGGACACAACAGACCCGAGCCAUUAGAAUUGAGUGAAAAACUACUGAGUGGAAACAUCGGAUCGAAAUCCAGGACGGGAAAGAAUGCACUUCUGGUUUUCUUCGGCCAGCAAGUGGUGGAGGAGAUUCUGGAUGCCCAGAGGCCAGCCUGCCCCCCCGAAUACUUUAACAUCAAAAUCCCAGAGGGUCAUCGAUACAGGACGAAACCAGGACACACCGAGAAACCAUUUUUGCGAACUCGUUACGACGCCCGCACGGGAUUCUCUCCAAAUAAUCCUCGUCAACAGCUCAACGAGAUUACGCCGUUCUUGGACGGAGGCUUAAUUUAUGGGACCACUAAAGCAUGGUCGGAUGUCCUGAGACUUUAUUCCAAUGGGACCCAAGACCCCAACGGUCUCCUAGCUUCGUCCCAUGGGUUGCUGUAUCCAGAGUAUAACACCAUAAGACUGCCCAUGGCGAAUCCUCCUCCACCAAUCCAACACCAUACGUACACCUCCCGCCAUUACACCGAAGAAGUGACGAGAUAUUUCAAGCUGGGCAACCCCCGAGGGAAUGAAAAUCCCUUUCUCCUGACUUUUGGUAUCGUCUGGUUCAGGUGGCACAAUCAUCUCGCAUAUCGUAUCAAGCGAAUCAAUCCUAAUUGGUCUGGAGAUAAGAUUUUUAACGAAGCUAGGAAAUGGGUUAUUGCCACGCAGCAGCAUAUUGUUACAAACGAAUGGUUGCCCAUGUGGCUGGGCAGAAGCUUGCCUGAAUAUAAAGGGUACGAUGCCAGCGUGGAUCCUCAGAUCGAUCAGUUCUUCCAAGCCGCGGCUUUUCGAUUCGGGCACACUUUGGUGCCUCCUGGUAAACUCUCUUUGAGGAAAUCCUUCAUUGAAAGAUUUUCCAAGUUUCCCAGUAGUGAUCUCAAUUUUUUUUCAACAGGUGUAUACAUGAGGGAUUACGGGAGGAACGGCUGCCAUUUGAGAUUCAAUGGACGUGCGAUUAGGACGUGCAACAGUUACUGGAUGUCGCACAACGCUCUUUACGAGAACCUCACGAGACUCGACGGCGUGAUUGACAUAGAACGUUUAUUAAUGGGCAUGUCGGUGCAACUAUGCGAGGAGGAGGAUCACAAAAUUGUCGAAGACUUGCGGGGACAUUUGUUCGGACCUUUAGAAUUUUCAAGGCGAGAUUUGAUGGCCCUAAACAUACAACGAGGCCGAGACCACGGGCUCCCGGAUUACAACACAGCAAGGAUGGCGUACAACUUGCCAAGAGUGGAGAAUGUGUCGUACUACAAAAAUGUUGCUCCCGAGAUUCUGAAGGAAUUUCAACGCCUGUACAACAACUCCUUCGACGACGUCGAUGUAUGGGUGGGUGGAAUUUUGGAAACCGUCGACGGACCAGGUCCACUCUUCCAGGCAAUUAUUCACGACCAAUUCGAGCGAAUACGUUCCGCCGACAGAUUCUGGUACAAGAACACGAACAACGGACUGUUCACAAAGGACGAGAUCAAGAGGCUCGAGCAAUUGUCACUUUACGACGUGUUAAUAUCCAUAACGUUAAUGGACCCCGACGACAUCCCGAAAAAUCCCUUCAGAGUCCCUGUAUCCGAGAGUGACAUCCACCCCUCGUGCACGGAAAAUAAAAUCCUCGUGGCAGGGAACUGUCGCACCUUCGGCGCUGACGGAGUAAACAUUCCCUGUUUCCACGUGAGCCAAAUUAAUUACACCAAUGUCGACAAUUGUACGGAGGCCGGGACCUACGACUACUUCACCGGCAGCGAAAUCUCAUUUUCCCUGACGAUUUCAGGACUAGUUACAUUUAUUAUCGGAUUUAUCACCUUGAUCGUCACUAGGAUUCGAAUCAAGAGGCAAAGGAAGAUGCAGCUUAAUUCCAAAGUGCGGCAAUCAGACUACAGGAGUGACGAGCCCGAUUCGAUGUUCACCGCCAGUGAAUGGAUAGAUCGCUCGCUGCCGAACAAGCCUCUGAUAAUAGUUUUAAGCGGCAAUAAGAAGCAGAUACAGCUGAAAAAUCAACUGGGACACCUAACCAGGCUGCUGGAUUUCACCUACACUCCUAGCAUGACGGUCUACACGACGUCCGACAACCACUACGUAAUGAUUCGUGUCAAGCACAAUUACGACACUUUAUUGAAGUUCCAGUCCGACUACAUCCGGGGCUUGUUCCUGCAGGCCCUGGAUAAUUUCGUCGCAAAGGUUGGAGUAAUUCGGGAAGACGUAGGGAACAUUACCACCAAGGAGAUCAUGAAGCAAGCGGUUACCAGAAAAAGCCGACAGAAGAAAUUGGAGAGCUUCUUCCGCGUGGUAUUCUCCCAGGCCUUCCAUAUUGCCCAUUCGGAGGAUGAAAUCCUUCAAAUUGACUCCACAGUUGCGAAGGAAAUCAUAUACACCGAACUGACCAUUAUUGAAUUCGCAGAGGCGUUGAGUAUGCGUCCCGACUCGGAGUUCAUAAAGAAGAUAUUCAACCUAGUAGACAAGGACAAAAACGGAUUCGUGUCUUUCCGAGAGUUCGUCGACAUGUUGGUGAUAUUCCUGAAAGGCAAUGCGGAAGACAAGGUGAAGCUCAUGUUCGACAUGUACGACGUCAACGGUACAGGGAGGCUCUUAAAGGAGGACUUUGUGAACAUGUUAAGAUCAUUCAUGGAGACCGUCAACGCGGACGUGACCAACACGGAGUUGGAGACUCUCGUGCAAACGAUGAUGAACGAGGCAGGGAUCUCGCGAAAAGAGGCAAUAGACCUGCAGGAUUUCCAACGAUUGUUGGGCAAGUACAGCGAUAAAUUGAGCUACGCAGAAUUGGAGUUCAACGUGGGUGCCGACGGUAAGAGUACGAAAUUACACGCGGGUUCCUCAACGGUGAGGUCAACAUUCAUCGGCCAAGUAAAGAAGACCGUAGAGAGCAUUUACGCCGACCCUGAAGAGCUGAAAUCCAGAAUCGCCGGCAACGUUCCCGUCAACCAAGGCCAGAAUAACCGGACGAGUGUCAUCGACGGGGACCAAAAGAUCAUCGAGGACUCGGCCAAGCAUCAGGAUGAUUAUUGGUACCCGAUCCAGAAGUACAUCGCCAAUAAACAGCUUCAGAUAUUCUGGAUAUCUCUUUACACGGCGGUACUGUUCGCGAUAUUCGCGGAGCGAGCUUAUUAUUAUUCCAUAGAGAGAGAGCACUCAGGACUGAGGCGAAUCGCGGGCUACGGGGUUACUGUUACAAGAGGAGCAGCUUCGGCAAUGAUGUUCACGUAUUCCACAUUGUUGAUCACCAUGUGCCAGAACACGAUUACGUAUUUCCGCGACUCUGUUCUGCAGUAUUACAUUCCUUUUAAUUCGGUCAUCGAGAUGCACAAGUACAUCGCGAGCUGGGCCUUGGUCUUUACCGUGGUACAUGUUAUCGGACAUGGGAUCAAUUUUUAUCACAUCUCGACGCAGACGGCGGACGACCUGACUUGUCUGUUUCCGAAUUUCUUUCAUGCGACUCAUGAAUUACCGAAGUUUGAUUAUUGGUGCUGGAGAACUAUGACAGGGGUUACCGGUAUAGCUUUAACGAUUCUAACUGCGGUGAUAUUUCUCUGCUCCCUUCAAAUCGUCAGAAAGGAACUCUAUUAUUGGUUUUAUCGCACCCAUUGUUUGUAUCCGGUUUUUUACGUCCUUUUGAUUCUCCACGGCACAGGUAGAUUAAUUCAGGAACCAUAUUUCCAUUACUUUUUCCUGGGGCCUGUUACUCUAUUCGCAUUUGAUAAGCUCAUUACAGCGACGAGGAAGACUACGGAAAUACCGAUAAUAAAAGCAGAAUUGCUGCCCUCAGACGUGACCUGCAUUACUUUCCCGAAACCGCCGAAUUUCCAGUACAAAUCCGGUCAAUGGGUGAGAAUUGCGUGUCCUGGACUUCAUACCAACGAGUACCAUCCAUUUACUUUAUCUUCUGCUCCAAAUGAGUCCAAUUUAACCGUUCACAUCAGAGCCGUAGGACCAUGGACCAUUAACAUUCGAAAUAAAUUAGAUCCUGCAACAAUGAUCGACAAAAAAUUGCCAACGAUUCAUGUAGAUGGACCAUAUGGGGAAGGUCACCAAAAUUGGAAUAAGUAUGACAUCGCUAUAAUGGUAGGCGGUGGUAUAGGAGUAACUCCCUUCGCUUCGAUACUGAAAGAUAUAGUUUUCAAGGCUAAUCAGAAUCUGACUUUGGGGUGUAAAAAGGUAUACUUUCUGUGGAUAACACGGACUCAAAAACAGUUCGAAUGGAUGGUGGAUAUUCUAAGAGACUUAGAGAAGUCUGAUGUAAAAAAUGUUGUGUCUGUCCAUAUUUUCAUUACCCAGUUCUAUGAAAAGUUUGAUCUCCGCACAAUACUCUUGUACAUUUGCGAGCGUCAUUUCCAAAGGAUUUGUAAUAAGUCUUUAUUUACUGGCUUGGUAGCUGUUACUCACUUUGGCCGGCCCAAGUUUCAUUCGUUCUUUCAAGCUAUUCAACGAUUACAUCCAAGAUCCAACAAAGUGGGAAUCUUUAGCUGCGGUUCGCCAUCAAUGACACGUGCCGUUGAUGUGGCUUGUAGAUUGCUCAACAUCCAAGAAGACAAUCAAACGUUAUUUCAGCACCAUUACAAGAACUUUUAAACCAUGUUUCAUUUUAAUAAACUUUCUCGCAAUCAAAUAAACCUGCUCAUUUAUAAAUUCAGUAAAAUUUCGAAAAUCUUUGAAGAUGUUCACUACCGCUACUGCAUUAAAAAUGUAAACCUAAAGAACUCAUUGUUCCGCUGCGUAACAAAAGUAUUUUAUAUAUUAUUUCUUAGAACUAUUUUUAACUAAUAGAAUCUACAUAUUUCCUUCCGUACUUAUA